CACCAGCGUAUUUUUAAUGAAAAAACGGAUUUUUGCAUGAAGCCCGUCAAAACUAGAGUUGCCGUAUAUCAGCCAUUUUAAGUCAGAAACACACCAAAUUUUCACACCACUUUUUCAGUGAUGUGACAUCUUUCGCAAAAUAUCUUCGCAGGGUACACCACCUGCAGGUAAUUUUGGGACAAAACUUUUUAGUUUUUCUUGUAGCCCCAACAUUUUUCUUUUGAGCAGCGAAAAUCGCAACUUUUUAGCUGCUUCCUAGAAAAAGUUAUUGAGAAAAUGACCAUGCGUUUUCUAUUUUGAAAUGGAUAGUAGUAACAGGAAAAUCAAGAGACCCUAAUGCAUUGAAAAUCGAUCUAAGACCGUGUAGAGCUGGGAAUGUCUCAUUUUAAUCGAAAAUUUGCAGGCUACAAUCAUAUUGCGUAUUGAAAUAUUAUAGCAGUAGUUCAAGGCAUUUAUUCAGCAUAAGCAGAUAAGAUGUCAAAGCAAAAACAGUUAAUUAUUUACAAAAGAAAUGCUGAACCUUUCCUAAAACACUAAGAAUAAGGUUAUUGCCAGCUUUUCGUAAUUUUGUUCGACCAUGAAUUACUAUCCAUUUCAAUGAACAAUGAAGUCGGUUGUAAGUUGAAUAACUUCGGAUAGGAAGCAGCUAGAGACCUGCGGUUAUCAACAUUCGAAAGAGAAUAAUAUUCUUUAUUAAGAAAUAUCGAAAGCUGGUUGGUCAACAAUUGACCAAUCAGGUGAGUUUUCGCCUGACAUAUUGGACACUGACUGGAGAAAAGAUUCCCCGUUGGGUUUGAAAUUCUAAUACAACCAUUUGAUAGAAAAUUGUUCUCUAUUGAUGUACACAAGGACCAGCUCUAUAGCUUGUGCUGUUCAGGAAAUAUAAGUAGUUUCCUGAGAGUCCCGAUUUCGGCCAGCUCACCUUGGAUCACUCCUAAAAACCUCGAAAUAUAGGUAAUCGAUCAUGUUGAGUCGAGUGGUGAUAUUUAUUUUCAGUUUUGAAGCGACUGAAAUCAUUAAAUUAAAUAUUUCUGAAAUUUUUAUAUUCGGACGUUAUGUCGCGCUAUGCGGCGUAUUGAGUCGAUAUUUCAAAAAAGUUUAAUCUAGCGAAUUAAUUCACUUUAAAACUGAAAAUAAACAUUACCACUCGACUCAGCGGCUGAGUCGAGUGGUAAUGUUUAUUUUAAACUUUAAUAAAACUUCUAAACAUGACAAUAGAAGCGUAAUAGAGCUUAAGAUUUUUUCAUACGAACAAGUACAAUUCAUUUGCAAAUCUCUAGAUCGGUAAAACCUUUUCUACUUUAAAGUCGCCCAGAGACAUGUCAAGCAACAGGGUCGUUCUUAGAGGCCGCUCUUCCAUAUUUUCUGAUGCUCCAUAUUCAGCAUUUAUCCUCUACACCCUUCAUACUGCUGUAGCUAGUUCAAUUAAAUCUUGAUCUAGUUUUUCCAUAGUAGUCUAGCUGGCUCUGAACUUGGAUGGAACCACUUUGAAUAGAAAAGCAGUGGUGUUUCAUCUUCAUCUGACACAAGCAAAAAAUAUGUUCUUCCUUCAUAAAAUUGGUUUUUCUCGUACUGUCUAUCCUUAGGUUUCGAGAACAUUUGUGAAAACAAUAUCUGCAUCUGGCAUUUCACUGGUUCCUAUUCGCGCUACAAUAACGGGUAUAUUAGCAGCAGGAUCAACUGAAGCAGAUGCUAAUUAUGCUCGAUUGUAUUUAAACGUGAAUUGUACAAUUAAUUAUUCAACAACCUGCCAGAAUAGUGUAACAUGUAAACAAACGGUUCGGACGGAACUAAUGGAUACGACAUCAACUGAACAACUGCUUGUUCCCAAACCAUUAGUUGUUGGCAACUCUAUAGUUGCAAUUGUGGAUGUUACCUAUCCGUCGAUUCUUGUGCUGCCAGCGACAGAUCGUUAG